AUGGCGUACAACAUCGAGCGCACCGGUGUCGGGUCAGAUUACACUUGCGAUCCUUCGAUAUGUGAAGACCAAUGUAAGCAGUGUACCAACCCCAAAUGUCAAUGUAAAUGUCCAUGUUGUAGAGGCAAAAAUCCAGAGACGCUCUCUGCUGACUGCAGUCUCCAUUCCAGCAAGGCACGACCUCUCCCCAGCGUCGCCGCUCGAUCUAGUAACCCCGAUUCCAAGGGUGAUGAUCUUUCCACCGCCUACCCUUCUGUCAUCAUUCCCGUCAUCAUCGCCCCCGUCGCCCUCAUCGUCCUGGUCAUCUGUGUCAUGAGCUACUUCCGCGUCCGGCCGUUCCACCGGGUGCGGUACCUAUUGCGCGGCUGA